AUGGCGUCUUCCUUCCCAUCUUCUCUAGAUCUUAACCUAUCUCUGCCAACACAUACAUGGGCGCAAGGAGUUGCACCAGUCUGGGCGCCCUAUUUUGCUUCCACACGAGGACCAGUGACAGUGAACGACUCGAUACUCCUAGACAACGAAGUUCCUAUUGGAGUUGCAAGGAGUUUGGUGACUCCAAGGGAUGUGCGCGUUUUGGAAUCGAAGGAUGACAACUGGUUGGUUAGUGAGGUCGUGGCACUGAGCGUACAAACUGCCGCAUCUAUAAAGCAGUUGGAGGUUUUCGAAUACUCUGGAAAGCGUAAGCGAGAUCGCGAGAGGAGUUCAAGAGAAAGAGGUGUGAUCAUUAGGGGCUCAAGUGAUGAGCCUCAAGAAGCGACGCGUGAAAACCCAAGAGAGGAUAUCGAGAGGGAAAAACUAAAGGCUCCUAUGGUGGAAUUAUGA